AUGCUGCUCGACACAAAGGUCAACCUCACUACCGACAAGCUGGUGUUUGCAGGACCAGCUCUCGUUGCUAUAUUCUUCGUUUUCACUUGUGUCUACCGCCGUUACUUCUCACCGCUUGCCAAAUACCCCGGCCCCUUCUGGGCGAGCGUGACUGAUCUCUGGUUGGUGUGGCUGCACUUUCAACCGGACCACCACCACAGACUCGUCAAGCUGCACAACCAAUAUGGUCCGGUGGUCAGGCUGAAGCCCAACAAGCUGAGCAUCUCAUCUCCCGAAGCGUUUAGGAUCAUAUACGGCGCCGGGAACGGGUUCCCCAAGAGUGAUUUCUACAGCGUAUUUGCAGGAACACGGCCAUUCGACCUGUUCGCGCAGCAGGAUGAGCGUAUCCACGGACAGCAGCGUCGGCUUGUCGCCACUGCCUAUACACUGGAGACGAUGAAGAGCCUCGAGCCGUAUGUCAACACAACCAUUCACGUGCUGCUGGACAAACUGCGCGAGCUCGGCGCCAAAGGCGAGCCAUUUGACAUUGCCUACCUGCUCCAGCUCUUCGCCUUCGACAUCAUCGGCGAGCUCAGCUUCGCCAAACGCUUCGGCUACACGGACGCCCUCUCCGACUUCGGCACCUUCUCCCAAAUCAGCGCCGCCCUGGCCUCUGGCGCCCGCGUCGGCGAGGUGCCCUGGUUCUACCGGCUGCACCAACGGCUCGCUCCCUACAUAGGCAACCACCUCGCCCUCGCCGCCCGCAACGGCGCGCUGCACGACUUCACCCUCCGCGCCAUGGCUUCCCGCAAGGACCGCAUGACGCCGAACGACGACGACAACAACGAAAGCAACCACGGCGACAUCCUCUCCAAGCUCCUCGCCGCCAGCGCCCAAAAGCCCCAACUAACAGACCAAUACAUCGGCUUCGCGCUGACCAGCAAUGUCGUCGCCGGCUCCGACACGACCAGCAUCUCGCUCUGCGCCAUGCUGCUGCACCUGCUGCGCCCUUCGUCGUCAACCCCGUCCGCCCCGUCCGCCCUAUCCCGGCUGCUGCGCGAACUGCGCGACAAGGUCGACGCGGGCGAGAUCCCCGACCCCGCGGCCGACCCGCACGCCGUGGUGCCGCAGCGCGUCACCGAGCGCUGGCCCUUCCUGCAGGCCGUCGUCUACGAGGCCCUGCGCUUGCAUCCCGUCGUCGGUUCGCUGCUCGCACGCGUCGUGCCGGCGGGUGGGCUGAGUUUUGAUGGCGGUUGCUUUGUGCCGGCUGGGACGGAGGUCGGGACGUCGGCCUGGGUUAUUCAUCGGGACGAGAGCAUCUUUGGGCCGGAUGCCGAUGCUUUCCGGCCCGAGCGCUGGUUGGAUGAGGGGAAUAAGCAGAAGAUGCAUCGCUUUUUCUUCGCUUUUGGUGGCGGGUCGAGGACGUGCAUUGGCAAGAAUAUCGCCAUGCUUGAGAUGAGCAAGGUCCUGCCCACGCUGCUUUUGCAUUUUGACUUCAGGCUUGCCGACAAGAAUGAGCAUCCCAAGGAUACAUAUACUAACCUGGUCUCCCUCAAACCAUUCCACGUGGUCGCCCGCCGGAGGAACAUUCUGCAAGAGGCGUGA